UCUGUGUCGGGCAGUCAGCUGACAGGCGGCGGAUGCUCUGAGAUGUGGACCUGGUAGAAGGAUGCUGCACGCGGAGGAUGACGCGUGGACUCAAACAUCUGUAACCUCCACCUCGGUGGACUGAUCCUUGGAGUUAAAGAUGGCUUCGAUGAGGAAGAGGUUCUCCUCCUCCUCAGUCGAAGAAGACGGUAUAAGCCUCUGUGAUAGCACUUCCUUUUCUACAUUUGAGCUAACCAGUGAAGAAGAACACCCCUACGCAUCUUCGCUCUGCUGCCACAGCAUCCAAGACUCUCUGCUGAGCUCUAACAGCAGCUUUACCGGAUACAGAGGCAUCCUCAACUGGAUCAUCAUCCUGCUGGUCCUGACUCAUGCUCACCUGUUCUUGGAGAAUUUCAUACAACAUGGAUUUUUGAUAGAUGUCAAAAAGGUUUUGGGACAUCUGAUUGAGGACAACUGCAACUGGCCGUCAGUCAUCCUCAUUCUGGCUGCCAACACGUUUGCUCUGAUAGCUUUGCUUCUGGAGAGGUCCCAGGAAAAGGUGAGAGCUUAUUAUUUUCUCUUUUAG